GGAGGGAUCCAUGCAUGGCGCCGGGAGCCGCAUUCGCCGCCUCCACAGUGGCGACGCCAUCGUCUGCCGCCUGAUCCAGGUCCGCCACGGCAAAGGUACCAAAUGGCCGCUCGAGUACUCGCGCAAGAAGUGGUUCUUGGGGCCGCCCAAGCUCCCGCCCGAGAUUGUCGAGUGGCACGAACAGGUGAAGCAGGCGGAGAUGGAUCGGAUCGAAGCCACGCGCCCGGACGUCGUCCCGCCCCAGCCCCGGAUCCGGGGCUCCUCCCACAUUGCCGUGACGCUCCCCAGGGUCCACGCCCUCAAGAAAAAAAGAGGAUUGGCAGCCAGGAGAGAGGAAGACGAAGAAAUAGCGGAAGAACAAGAGAAGAAGAUGGAAGACAAAGAAGAAGAGGAUGGAGAGUGCGAAGAAGAGAGGAGGCGGAAGGAUGAGAAGCUCAUGGACGAGCUUGUGGACUACUACAGGGAGUGUGCCGAGUGCGGGAUCGUCCCGGAGAAAUCCAUGGGAGUGAAGAUGGCUUUCAAGGACUACGCCUAUCUUUUCCUCCAGGCCGGGGAGGACCGCGAUAUAGUUCGAGGAAAAUGGGGGCACGCUCACGCGCUCUCUCACGGCCAUCGCUCCAACCGGUACCUCGGCAAUUGCCUCAUGAUAAUGUACAACCGGUGCGGCUACGUCCACGAGGCCCAGAAGAUCUUCGACGACAUCGUCUGGAAGAACGUCUUUACGUGGACUGUUUUGAUGAAGGGGUACGCCGACUUUGGCGAGUUCGAGCGCUCGGUGGCGCUCUUCCGGGAGAUGCUGGCUCGCGGCGAGCCUGCCAACGAGUAUACUUUCAGCUGCGCGCUCACUUGCCUCGGUGCUCUGAGGAUGCUGGAGCAGGGAAGGGUGGUGGACGGGAUCGCGAGGGAGAUGAGCUUCUCGUCCCGGAUCACGGCCGGGAACGCGCUGAUAAGUAUGUAUGGAAAGUGUGGAUCCAUUCCCGACGCUAAGAACGUUUUUGAUUCCAUGCAGGAGAGGAACGUCGUGACAUGGAACGCUCUCAUCGCGGCCUACGCGCAGAACGGUCUCUACAGGGAGAUCGAGUGGCUUCUCCCGGCUAUGGAGGUUGACGGCGUGAGGCCGAACAAGAUCAGCUUCAUGGGGAUCUCGCUGGCCGUGCCGAGCUUUCGGGAUGCUUUUGUGUCGGCCAGGCAGGUCCACAAGAGGAUGUUUGAUCUCGGGCUCGACCUGGUCGGCUACACGGCGCUGGUGAAGAUGUACGGGAGGUGUGGUCAGGUCGAGGAUGCGGAGGUAGUCUUUGAGGGGAUACCGUGGAAGGACGUAGUGGCUUGGACAGCGAUGGUGACGAGUUUUGCACAGAAUGGGUUUAGUGACAGGGCCUUCAAGUGCUACCGAAGAAUGCAGCUCGAGGGAAGGGUACCAAACAAGAUAACUUUGCUCGGGAUUGUGGAUGCGUGCGACAGUGCUCACAGGUGCAGGGAAAUCCGGUCACGCAUGGAAGGAGCUCCGUUUGAGUCGGAUACUUCGGUGAAGAAUGCGCUGCUAAGCCGGUUUGGAAGGCUAGGCAGCAUUGACGACGCUAGAGAUGUCUUUAAGAGCAUUGGCAAGAGGAACCUUGUGUCCUGGAACGCGAUGAUCUUCGCGCUGGUGCAGCACCAAAAGUUCGAAGAGGUUCUCGAUGCUUACAGGCAAUUGCAACUUGACGGGGAAAAGGCUGACAGGAUUAGUUUCAUCGGAGUUCUUGACGGCUGUGCGAUGCUGGAGGACUUGGUCGAAGGAAAGAAAGCUCACAGGCAUGUUUUGGAGAAGGGACUUUCGAAAGACAGGAUGAUUCGUAAUGCGCUGGUCAACAUGUAUGGGAGGUGUUCCAGAGUGGAGAAAGCUCGGCAAGUGUUUGAGAAGAUAGAAGAGAAAGACAUCGUUUCCUGGAACGCACUUGCCUCGGCCGCAGCGAGACACCAGCUACAUGACGAGGUUUUGGAGCUGCUCAGGGAAAUGGAUCUGGAAGGUGUCAAAGCGGACAGCAUCACUUUCAUUGCUGUGGUCGUGGCGUGUGGAAGUUUACGUGCUUUACGUGAAGGGACAGAAGUUCACGGGAGGAUUUACGCUGCAGGACUCUUGAAUGAUUCGGAGAAGAGCCGCAAGCUCAAGACGGCUCUGGUGGACAUGUAUGGGAAGUGUGGAAAUGUGGAGGCUGCAAAGGAGGUAUUUUCCAGCAUUCGGGGAAGGGACGACAUUCCAUGGACUGCUAUGAUGUCGGCUUCGGUUGGAAACACGGUAGAAACCUUGAGGUUACUCCAGGAAAUGGAUUUGGAAGGGGUCAAGCCGAGUAGCAUCGCGUAUGCGGUUCUUCUCGAUGCAUUCACAGGUCCGUUUGCUCUGGGCGAUGGAGAAAGGAUCCAUGCACGGAUCAGCGAGAGCUGGCUUCACAAGAACGCUCUUUUAAGCAUCUCCCUUGUCAAUAUGUACGCAAGGUGUGGAUGCUUGGAGCAGGCCAGAAAGGUGUUUGAGCAGCAGGGCGACGAUCUUGACAGUGUGGUCUUGUGGAACAGCAUGCUGGCAGCUUUUAUCAGUCAGGGCCACGGCUACGAUGCCCUCGAGCUCUCGCUGAGAAUGGACUUAGAAGGUGUAAAGCCGAGCGAGACCACUUUCGUCGCCUUGCUCGAAGCCUGUAGCUUGGUCACGGACAGACAACGGGGUGACAAGCUCUAUCGCCGGUUUAGACGCAGUGGUUUCGCUCCCAACGUCAUCGUCGACACGGCUCUUGUCAACUUACACUCGAUUUCCGGCGGUAGCCUGGAAGAUAUCCGGACCUUUUUCGACAAGAUGAAAGUCAAGACACAAGUAUCGUGGAGCUCCAUGAUCUCGGCCUAUGCGCGAAGAGGCCUUUCCGACGAGGCGCUGGAGCUGCUUGGAAGCAUGAUCCAGCUCGGGCUGGACCCGGACGGAGUUACUUUCAUCAGCUUGCUCUCCGGUUGCAGCUAUGGAGGACUGGUGGGCGAAGCUUGCCAGUGUUUCUACUCGCUGGAGCACGACCAUGGAUUAAAACCGGGAGUGGAGCACCACCGGAUAAUAGUGGACGUUUUGGGACGAGCAGGCUGGCUCGAUGAAGCCGAAAAGAUGGCUGGAAUGGCGAGCGACGAGAAAAAUAUCGAGGGUGGCACUGGUGCAUGGACGAGCCUCUUAAGUUCGUGUAGAAACUUUGGAGACUCCGAGAGAGGCGCUCGAGCAGCGGCGGCGGCCUCGCAGCGGGAACCGGGCAGACCAUCGUCUUAUUUGAUCCUCUCGAGUAUCUACGCCGAAGAAGCCGCCGCUCGCGAGAGUGCUAGUUUCCUGGCUGGGAAUGAUCCGUCGAGCUGGGGUGCCGCGUGUGGGGAGAUCACUCCAGUGGAGGACGAUGAGGACGAGCUGAUUAGCAUCUCCAAGCUCGCUCGAAUGGGUCCUCGGCGGCCAGGGAAGCCCGACGGUCUGGACGCUUGAGGAGGAAAAAGAAGCAAACUACUAUUUCCCUCCAAAAAGGAGGAAAACUUUCUGCUAGGUUGGGGCCAAGGUGGGAUUUUGGAGUCGCCCUCUUGGAUUUUGGGAGUAGCUUGUGCGAUCUUUGGCGGCUGGGAUGAAGGUUUUGGCUUCCGAGCAAGACUGGCAGAUUGUGGACGACGAUGGGUUUGUGUACAAGCGAGCGAGACGGGAGGAGGCGGCGGCCAUAGAGAAAGUUACAGAAAAUGAAGAAGAGGAAGAAGAAGAAGAAGAGGAAGACGAACUAGACGUUGUGAGUCCAGAGGAACUGCUGGCACAACGGCGAGAACUUCUACUCAAGAAGAAAGAAAUGUACGCUACAGAGCUCAGGCUCUGGGACGAACUCCUCUCGAGACAAGAAGAGAUAAACGCCGCCACACUUCCUCCAUCUCUUCCUUCGGCGGUGACGGACUCUCCGGCCAUCAUGCUCGGGGAGCCUCACUACGAACCAUACGAAGAACUCUUGCAAGAGAUCCAAGAUCUAGAGUUUUUCAUCCAAAAGUACACGAGCUUCUGCGAGAGAGCCGAGGACAUGGUGAUGCUGCUCAACGAGAAGAUCAAAAACCACAGGUUGCAGCAGCUGCGCAGCCCUCGCCAGAUCUUCCUGGAAACGACGACCAGCGCUGACUAAAACGCUCGCCGAUCCGACGGGUGGCACCCGGCCUUGUGACGGACGGCUCACACUAAAUAUACCAAUCGCAUAUGCCCCCGCCAAUUCAAAAAAGCGAGGGCUUGAGGGGCGCGACUUUUAGCA